GUUAGUAGUGGCCAUAGUUGACAGGGUCUUAUCAUGUGGUCCUUAGGAAGUCAGUCAGUCGGUUAGUGUGUCCGGGGAGGGCUACGUGGUGAGGAGUGGGACCCUUGUCAUGCACCAACACCACGAUGGACGACUACCCGAUGUAUGGGUUGCUGGUUGGGUUCUCCCUCUGGGGGACCCUCUGGCGUCUCCUCUUUCCUCUGGGAUUUUGGCAUACCUUUGCGYRUAAAGUAGGGCCCACUCGAGGUGGUACCGCCACCYGACCAUACACGAAGGAGGAGGAGGAGAAGAUGGCCGCCAUCCUGCRGGAGAGGAAGGAGAAGAAGGAGGCCAAGAAGAAGGCCUUGAAAGAAGAACAGGCGGCCAAACUGAAGAAGAUGGAGGAAGARAUGGCCCKGGAGAAGGAGAGGCUGAUAAAGGAAGAAGAGGAGAAGCUGAARGAGGUGGAUGAAGAGGAGGAGGGACCGCCACUKCAAAGGAGUGGGCAGCAYAGCGGCCGCARYASUGAUGAGAUGGAAAARAAGAUUUYGRAGUGGGUCGCCAACUUAUCCCUGGGUGAGGAGGAAGAGGUUGCUAUGUACAUCCCCAAGGAURAGCAAGAAGCYGCCAUGAAGAAAUGGGAAGYAGARGAAGWUGUUSUGACSCGGCGRGCGAUGGAGGAUGAACAAAGGAUGGAGUGGAAACUCGCAGUGAUGAGGGAGAAGAAGAGAAGAGUGGAGGCGACGAAUGYGGCAAUGCAGGAMCUGGAGGAGGUGAGGGCUGCCGUAACAACACAAUUGAUUCCGCAAAUGGAUCUCCAACGUAAAGUGGAGAUCRYCGCCCAGAGCGUUGAGCGGUUAGCUAAAGUGCAAGAAAGGCACUUUGAGUUUAGUCGCAGCCAGGAGAUAUCUGUACGCUYGAUGCGAACGGGCUUACGARACUUUGCUCGCGAGUUAGUAGGCGYWGUGGGGUCCGAGGUGACUCACCGCCUCGAGAAGACUGAGCRYUUUUGUGYCGGCRCCAUUGAGGGCGUCAAGGUAGCCGCUCCCAAGGAGGAGGAGGCUCGUCCUCGCAGGGAGCCGGUCAAAGUCAAAUUCCCUGAUUCCUAAAGUGGGAAAAGGGAAGAGAACUUUGACAAUUGGGAGGCCAAURUUAAGACUUAUGUGCAUCUGCAACAGGU